AUGGAGUUGGGUUUCUGGAGUUUGGUUUUCACAGCUUCAAUUGGUGGGUUUGGUGCUUUGCUUUUGAUCCUAAGGAGAGCAAAUGAAUGGUAUUUUGUGAGCAGAUUAGGAGAAAGGCAGAAGACUCUGCCUCCAGGUGGCAUGGGCUGGCCUUUCCUUGGCAACACCUUGUCUUUCCUCAAGGCUUUAAAAUCUGAUGAUCCUGAUUCUUUCAUCUCCAACUACGUCAAAAGGUAUGGCAGCACAGGAAUUUACAAGGCCUGUUUGUUUGGAAAGCCAACCAUAAUUGUUACAGCACCUGAAACAUGUAGGCAGGUCUUGAUGGAUAGUUUACAAUUUAAGACUGGUUGGCCAAAAUCAACUUCCGAUUUAAUGGGAAGGAAAUCAUUUAUGAGCCUUUCUGAAGAGGAACACAAACGCCUUCGCAGGCUGACAGCAGCCCCGAUCAGCGGUCACAAGGCAUUGUCUAUGUACCAUGAGUACAUUAAGGAUGCCAUAGUAAGUUCAUUGGAUGAAUUGGCCAAAGCAGAUAGGCCUAUUGAGUUCUUGACUGAGAUUAGGAAGAUAACUUUUAAAAUAAUCAUGUUUAUUUUCUUGAGCUGUGAGACUGGUCCAAUGAUGGAGACCAUGGAGAAAGAAUAUGCUAUUCUCAAUCAUGGACUAAGAGCCAUGGCCAUAAACCUUCCUGGCUUCGCUUUUCAUAAAGCGCUCAAGGCUAGAAAAAAGAUGGCUAUGAUUAUUCAAGAUGUUGUAGAUGGAAGAAGGGCAAGAAAAGAGAAUAAUCUAUCACGGGAAAGAACAGAUUUGAUGGAUUUGUUAAUGGAAGUUGAAGAUGAGAACGGUAAAACAUUAGAUGAUGAGGAGAUAAUAGACAUAAUUCUCAUGUACUUGAAUGCUGGAUAUGAAUCUACAGCCCAUGCCACUUUGUGGGCUACUCUCUUCUUAAAUGAACAUCCAGAAUACUACCAAAAAGCCAAGGCAGAGCAAGUGGAGAUUCUUAAAAGGGAAUCAUCACCAGAAGAGGGAUUGAACUUUAAAGGAACUAAACAGAUGGAAUAUCUAUCUAAGGUAAUCGACGAAACACUGCGCGUGGUUAACGUCUCAUUGUAUGGCUAUCGGGAGGCUGCAACUGAUGUGAACGUCUCUGGUUAUACAAUACCAAAGGGCUGGAAAGUAAUGAUGUGGUACAGAGGUGUUCAUUUGAACCCAGAUUAUUAUCCGGAUCCAAAGGAGUUUAAUCCCUCAAGAUGGAAUGAAAAUAAAGGCAAGGCAGGGACUUUCAUUCCCUUUGGAAUGGGAAGUAGGCUAUGCCCUGGAAGUGAUUUGACCAAGCUUGAAAUUUCUAUAUUUCUUCACUAUUUUCUCCUUCAUUAUGAGCUUGAACGACUCAAUCCGGCAUGUGGAGUGAGAUACUUACCUCAUACAAGUCCUAAAGACAAUUGCCUUGCAAAAAUUAAGAAGCUUCCAUCGUCAUCAGUAUAAACUGAAAGUUAAUGGAUUUUUUUCUCUAUUUUUUGCUUUGUGCUUAUUUGCCUUUCAUUAGAUUUGAACUCGAAAUCUACUUCAAAAUAAUGGAUAUUCAGUGUCACUAAAUCAAA